UUCUGAUAAAAAAUGAAAUAAAUGCAUACUUAUUGUCAAUAUUUCAUCAAUUUUGAGUGAUGCGCAAGUUGUCAUCUUGAUUCCACCAUGAAUACUGUCAAGCUGAAUACAGGAGCACUGAUGCCAAUCAUUGGAUUGGGGACAUUCCAAAUCAAAGGAAGUGAGCUUAUUCAUAAAAUCUUGGAUGUGGCUUUGAGAGCCGGUUACAGAUCAAUUGACACAGCAGGUGGCUACAGAAAUGAAGAAGACAUUGGGAAGAGCUUGAAGGAAAUGCUUCCCAAGUAUAACUUAAAACGGUCCGAUGUCUUUAUAACAAGCAAACUUCCUCCGAAAUUCCAAGGUAAAUCCAAGAGCCGUGAAUCGUGCCUUCAGUCACUCAAGGACCUCCAAUGUGACUAUCUUGAUUUGUAUCUUAUCCACUGGCCAGGCACCCAAGGAAUGAAGACAGAUGAUCCAAGAAACGUGGAGUUGAGGAAGGAAAGUUGGCUGGAGUUGGAGCAGUUGUGUAAAGAAGGAAAACUAAAGGCCAUUGGGGUGUCAAAUUAUAUGAUACCACAUCUAGAAGAACUGUUGAAAUUCUGUUCAAUAAAGCCAGCCCUUCUUCAGAUUGAACACCAUCCUUACUUGAAUCAGAAAGAUAUUGUAAGCUUUUGUAAAGAACAUGACAUAGCCUACCAGGCUUAUUCUUCAUUGGGAUCUCACUCGGACCAGAACAAGUUGAAGGACGACCCUGUUAUACUAGAACUGGCCAAAAGACACCAGAAAACCCCAGCUCAGAUUCUAUUGAGGUGGGCCGUACAACAAGAUAUAGGUGUCCUUCCUCGGUCAACAAAUACAGUUCACGUGGAGGAGAAUUUCAACAUAUUCGACUUCGAUUUGCCAGAGGAGGAUAUCACCAAAAUCAACUCGUUAGAUCAACAGUUACAUUACUGUUGGGAUCCAAGGACUAUUGUAUGAACAUUUGGAUUGUAUUCAGGAUCCAUGGACGAUUGUAUGAACAUUUGGAUUGUAUUCGGGAUCCAUGGACUAUUGUAUGGACAUUUGGAUUGUAUUCGGGAUCCAUGGAUUAUUGUAUGAACAUUUGGAUUGUAUUCGGGAUCCAUGGACUAUUGUAUGAACAUUUGGACUGUAUUCGGGAUCCAUGGACUAUUGUAUGAACAUUUGCAUUGUAUUCGGGAUCCAUGGACUAUUGUAUGAAGAGACAAUGACCAAACAUUAGGAUACAUAGGUGGAAGUUGAACCAAAAUGUAGCUUAUAACCUAAGCUAAUGAACAUGUGGGUUACUCUAUGCGCCCCACUUUUGACUUCAGUACCCAAGUUGGUGUAAUAGUUUAAAUAUCUACAUGUACU